UUCACUAGUUACUGAAUCAUACGGGGAACACUAAUGCUUUCUGGACAUUCACUAGUGACUGAAUCAUACGUGGAACACUAAUGCUUUCUGGACGCUGAAUAGGAAUAAAUAAAGUCGGUUCAAAUUAACUUAUAUCAGGAUUCAAUUGCAUUGACCAUCAGGCUACUAGCUGUAUAAAGACGUCCCAAUAAGCUGUGGGACAUUUAAAUGAAUUGUUUUUACUUCCGCUUGCAUCAGACGCAACUUUCCUGGCUGAGGAAAAGCCCUAGGGGCUUAUGUAGAUAAGGGACCAUACGUUCUGACGUAACGUUGACAGGACAGUGCAUCAUAGUGCGCGUCUUAUCAUUGUUAGCGUUCAAAAUAAGCCAGUUUGUUUUACAGCAGCGGAGAUUAGAACGUAAAAGUACGAACGUUAGAGUUAAUAAAAUGUGUACAACAAAUAAAAAGUCGAAGAAUACGCAGAAUUUGAAGAGAAAUGUUUCAGACAACGAAAUCUCAAAUACUGCUGUGACCAAAGAAGACGGGGAAUACAUACAGCUAGAGAGACCGAAAAUGCCGGAUGAAACACGGGAAUCUCGCCUUUUCGAGAAGUGUGUGUUCCUCGCCACAUCCGUCGCCAUAUUGUCUCUCUCGCACGUGCUCACGUGGGCCCAGUGGAGCAUGCCCUUCCUGUUCGCGGUGGCCACGCCCAUACUGAUCGGCAUCAGGACGGUGUUCUACUGGCACCAAAAAUGGCAGUAUUUUAUGAUCGACUUCUGCUAUAUCGGCAACACGCUCACAUACGUGUUUCUAUGGUUGCCCCAAUGCGCAUGGCUGUCCCAGCUGGUGUUCGCGCUCGCUAACGGACCGGUACUGAUGGCGGCGGUUGUGUACCGCAACUCCCUAGUGUACCACCACCACGACAAGGUCACUUCCGUCUACAUACAUCUGAUGCCGGCGCUGCUCACCUUCUGCGUGCGGUGGUUCCCUGAACGCACGUCGAUGUUCUGGGUCCGGGACUUCCUUGCGGACGUACCGCCUGCCGACCCCGUCUGGAGCUACCUCGCACCAUUCGCCGUGUUCCUCGCCCACUCGGUGCUGUAUUUUCUGACAAUCAACGUGAUAAUGAAGCCGAAGGACCUAACCAGCUAUAGCUAUCUAGCCGAGAAGUUCCGAAGAAUCGACUGUAUUGGCGGGAAAUGGGGCACGGCGAUCGUCUACUACACGGUGGGUUGGCUUUUCUGUCUGACAUCACUACUCAUGGCGGUACUGGCGUACUCGUACUUCACGGCUCAUUGCCUCGCUUUGGCAGCCGUCUUCGUCAUCGUCACGUGGAACGGCGCCGGCUACUACAUGCACGUGUUCGGCGUGCGGGGUUUUACGGUGGAGUAACAAGACGCUAGCGAAAUAAACGGAAAUAUGGCUUCGAUUUUGACGGGAUUCUCCGAUGGUGUGGCAUGUUAUAUCGGGAUCUGGAAUUGAAGGGAAGUUAAGGCUAGGGAGGGGUGUCUGAUUGGUAGGAGGUUUUGUACGAAGGUUUAUGCCGGUGGUGUACAACUCCUUUACCGGUACUACUGCCGAUAGAAUAAACCAGGCUUUAGGCGGGAGUUAACAAUGGAGUAAAAUCAUGUAAUGGCGGAUCUUUGAUAAAAGAUUAGGCAAUGGCGAGCGACGUUAUGGUAUAAAUAGUGUGUUUGCCUUACCAUGUUGACGGAGGAGUUGCUAAUAUUUUAAGAACAUUUGCUUUUAUUAUUUAUUCAUUUUUAUGUUUAUUUGUUUAUUCUCAAUACCGGUUUGCCAUACUGGCAUUCUUGUUAAAUGAAAUCAAUUUGUGACUGAAGUGAAUCAAGGGGCUGUUAUAAAGUUUGUUAAAACUAUGAUUGAACAGGUUCGCUGCCAAAGAUUCUUUACUGGGCAUAAUUUAUGACAAGAAACGUAGAUCACAAGAGCGUAAACAAAAAUUAUGUUUUAUGUUGUUGUCGUAUCAUUGGAAUUCGAAAACAUAGGAAGCAAGCGAGCUACAGGUAGGUGUCGUGCUCAAGAUGCGUCAUGUAUACGCGCAAUAAUCAGUACAGAUGAAUGACAAUUUGGUACUCCAUCCGUAUAACCGGUCCUAUUAACUACCGAUUAUAUUUUAUUUCUUACUCGGGAUCUUUUGGAUAUUUUAGGAUAUCUUGAUGUUUACUUCGUCACUUCGUGUGUUUAAUGAUAUUCAUGAAAUGUUAUUUCCAUUUCCGCG